GAGAGAGAGAGAGGGAGCGAGAGCGACAGACACACAGAGAAAUGAGAAAAGUGCAGUACUGAUAGAUCUGAUGGAGAUGAAGUGAGCAGGUGCAUUAACACAACUCUGCUAUUAGAAAAGAAAAGAAGAGCCAAGUGUGUGUGUGUGUGUGUGUUUGUGAGAGUGUGUGAGAAAAAGAGGACAAGAGUGUUUUCUCCAUCAGGACUGCAGGACUUCUCCAAACUCAAGAGACUUGAGUCAACUUGAGCGUUCGGUCUGGAAUAUAUCAGCUUUUCCAAAAUGGCACGAGUGAAAAAGGCAGCAGAAGACGGGAUAUGACUCUGACAUGGACGAUGUGUGUGUGUGAGAAAGCCAUGGCAGAGCUCUGGAUCUCCAUCACGAGCUGCACAAGCUCUCAUCAAAUGCUCCAGUUUGGAUAACGCAACCACAUUGCCACACACACUUACACACACACAGGGCGAGGACCCCUUACAAAACGCAAGGGUCUGAGGAAACCGGAGGGCUUCUACUGUUGCUUGGAUUUGUCCCAGCAUCACUACAACUAAACCACCCACCAACCUGGACUUGUACCACUACUACUACUAAACCGCUCCAAAAGAGAGGAAACACCAGAUUGGAAGCAUAGGACAGGGGAGCGAUAAAGAGAAUGAGCGUGGGUCGGAUUGGUCGCUACAGUAUAGUGUCAACUGAGGAGGAUGGUCUGCGUUUGACGACCAUGCAUGGCGGAGGGAUGAAUGGAUACGGCAAUGGCAAAAUCCACACCCGGAGAAAAUCCCGCAACCGCUUCGUCAAGAAGAACGGACAGUGCAAUGUGCAGUUCACCAACAUGGACGAGAAGUCCCAGCGAUACAUGGCGGACAUAUUCACCACUUGCGUGGACAUACGUUGGCGCUACAUGCUAAUCGUUUUCACGCUUGUUUUCGUGAUUUCCUGGUUAGCGUUUGGCUUGGCGUUUUGGGUUAUCGCGCUUCUUCACGGUGACCUGGACAACCCAGCAGGUGAUGACAACUUUACGCCAUGCGUGCUACAAGUCAACGGCUUCAUCGCAGCGUUCCUGUUCUCAAUCGAGACGCAGACAACAAUCGGCUACGGUUUCCGCUGUGUAACAGAAGAAUGUCCUCUCGCUGUGUUUCUCGUGGUCUUCCAGUCCAUCGUGGGCAGCAUCAUCGACUGCUUCAUGAUUGGAGCAAUCAUGGCCAAAAUGGCACGUCCCAAGAAGCGGGCACAAACUCUGCUGUUCUCGCAUAACGCCGUCAUCGCCAUGCGUGAUGGAAAACUGUGCUUGAUGUGGCGGGUCGGCAAUUUACGAAAGAGUCACAUUGUUGAGGCGCACGUUCGGGCACAGCUCAUCAAACCGCGGGUUACGACUGAAGGAGAGUACAUCCCGCUCGACCAACUGGACAUAAACGUUGGUUUCGAUAAAGGACUUGACCGCAUCUUCCUCGUCUCUCCAAUCACCAUCCUGCAUCAAAUUGACCAUGAGAGUCCUCUGUUCGGCAUUAGUAAGCAGGAUCUGGAAACGGCAGAUUUUGAGAUCGUGGUCAUCUUGGAGGGCAUGGUGGAGGCGACAGCCAUGACGGCACAGGCUCGAAGCUCCUACUUGGCCAGCGAGAUCCUCUGGGGGCAUCGCUUUGAGCCGGUGCUGUUUGAGGAAAAGAACCAGUACAAGGUUGAUUACUCUCACUUCCACAAGACCUACGAGGUGCCGUCCACCCCUCGCUGCAGUGCCAAGGACAUGAUGGAAAACAAGUACCUGGUGGUUCCCACCGCUAACUCCUUCUGCUAUGAGAACGAGCUGGCGAUCCUGAGCCACGAAGAAGAGGACGACAGUCCAGAACGGAUAAAGCCAGAGCGAGCAAUGAGCCUCAGCCCGGAGAGAACCCCUCGACAUGACUUCGACCGGCUGCAGACGCCUCGAUGCACAGAACAAAGGUCAUACCGCAGGGAGUCGGAGAUAUGAACCUUUACCGUGACCUUUUUGAUACUCAAGUUUCGUUCCUGGAGAUACUGGAGCUUCUACAAAUGCAGAACAAUGCAAAGUGCCAUACGGAAAGAGUGAGCGUGUGAAUGAGCAAAAAACAAACGAAUGAAUGUGCAAAGACGUUCAGCGGAGAUGCUGAUUCAAAGAGAAGGGUCUUUUAUCCCGCACGGAAAACUUGAAUCUUUUCCUCAAAUUGUUUCAGUAGAAUAGUUCAGCUGAUAAACAACUGUUGAUUCCUAAAGGGACACUUCACCCAAAAAUGAAAGGUCUAUCAUCAUUUACCCACCCUUGUGUCAUUGCAAAAUGGUUUUACUUUCUUCUGUUGAACAUAAAAUAGGAAAUAGUUUUAAUAAACUUCCACCAAAAAUAGUCGGAGUCACAUGAGAGUGAGUAAAUGAUGGCCAUUGUUUUUGGUGCACCAUUCCUUCAGCGUGUAAAUAUUUCUGCAUAGAUACAUGGUUUUGUGUGCUGUAUUAAUUUCUAGCGAGAGAAAUGCGAAGACAUUGUUAAUUUUACAGCGAAAAGAAAGAAUUAGCUACUUUAUUUUUGCAUUCAAUCCGAGCACAAAUGACAAGCAAUGUCGGGACACACUAUCCCUGGAGAUCUACACACACAUUGAUCAGUGAAACAUGAUAAAUUCCCCUUUACAACUGCACUACCUAGACAGAUUAAAUGAACAAUGUGAGCACCUGAGUGUAAUGUGUGUGUGCGCGUGUGUGUGUGCAGCUGAGCACAAUGCCUCAUGUGAGACGCACAAGGAGAAGGUUAGAAUGCAAACAGUCCUGAAACUCCUGACCACAUGCUCAUGCAUAUAUGUUAUAUAGAUAUAUUUACAGCAUAAUAGAGAUAUAUAUUUAGGUAGGCAGAUAUAUAAAGUACUGUAGACAUUAUCAGUUUGCACCAAGUAAUGCAGCGGCAAAUCUUCAGACAACUCAAUGGGGAUAAUCGUCUUAUUUCUAACUAUUUAGAUCAGUGGUUCUCAAACUGUGGUACGUGUACCACUAGUGGUACGCGGGCUUUCUUCUAGUGGUACACGGA